AAGAGAGACGAAGCGCGCUCAAAUGGCUGAAAGGAUCGCCCGCAAGAUGGCAAAUGAUCUCCUCAACACCCAAAAAAUGGCGCAAGGCUCGACGGCAAAUCCAGAAGAGGUGGUGAACUUGGAGGAAGAGCGGGAGCACUCGACGACCGAGAACGGGAAGUUUCAGGUGGAGUCCGAGACAGACCAGGGUCACCCAGCCAACGUGUCCGACCCCGCCGGUGACACCAAUGACAUCCACGUCGAAUGCCAGCGCGACCGGAAGGAGCUCAUAGCGAAAUUCGAGGGGCUUUGCUAUGCAACGAACGAACGCCACCGCAUAGCAAACAACAAGUUAGAAGCAAAGAACGAGGAGCUUGAAGCGGAGAAGGACAAGCUCCAUUGCCAGGUGCAACAGGCCAAAGAUGGUCGCGCCGAAGCCGAAGAACAGCUCGAGAAGCUGAGGGAGGAAGCCCAACGCAACGCCCAAGAACUCCGAUCCGCUUCAAGCAGGCUAAAUACGCUAGAAGAAGAGCACCAUGAGCUUCUUGGACAUGUUGAGGAGCGUGUCGCAACCGGUCUCGCAGAGGCGAGGGUAAUCAGCGACCGACAGCAGGAGGACCUACUGGACGCCAAAACGCGCCUCAGUCUUGCGAUUCCCGAAAUUCAAGGUCUUAAACACGAAGCCGAUGGAUGCCAGCAAGAGUUGAUUAAGGUGCGCAGUGAAGGUGCCAAGCUUCAAUUCGAUCUGGACCACCAGAAACAGGUUGAGAAGCACCUCAGCGAGAACAACGAGCGUCUCCUCGUAGACCUGAAAGAGGAACAACAGAGGCGCCAGGCCCUAGCUGUUAAAUGUCAUGAGCUUGCAGUGCAAUUUGCGAAAACGCGUCAGGCCUUGGAAGAAUCAGAAAAAAGCGAAGCUGAACACCGAGAAGCAUUGGAAAUGUUACAGGACGAGCUUGGUUCCGCCCAAGAUGGAGUGAUACAGCAACAGCAGGAGCUUCAAGAGCAGGUUGAAAUUCUGGCUACUCAAGUGGAAGAGCAUGCAGGCCAAAUCGCGAUCAGAGAUCAACGCAUCGAGUCGCUUGAGCGUGACAACGACGAGCUUAUGCGUAAGCUUGACACCUCACGGCCAGUGGUUCUUCGUAGCAUCAGCAUUGCUAGCCACAAAUCUCUCGCUGCAGAGCUCGAUAUCAACGACGAUCAGUCGGAGAGUGCUUUGUCUGAUGAUGAGGACGCUGUGAUGGAGCAAGUCGAACUCGAGCUGUCUAGUACGCAUCACAUUAGCAUUACUCCUCACGAGGUUGCCAAACCACAACUUACAGUGUCCGUCAGCGAUGCUGUGGCCACGCCACCACGCGCACGCCAGGAUUCUCUUCUCGAACACUCACCAGCCCGCAGCGUUUCGAGCGUUGAGCUGCCUCUUCCUAUUCGACCUGUGCUCGACAUAUUUGAAGACACAGUUGCAGACUUUGCACCAGAUUGGCCCGCAAAUCCGGCGUUGCCCUUUUCCGGGACGACUGCGAAGAGUCUCUCGUCUAUCGAUGUUGAGCCUACAUCGCUUGUGGAUCCCGACAUCACCAAUGCCGACUAUGAACCGAUCGAGGCAGACGUUACCGGUGGAAUGCAAAUGGUCCAGACACACCUCGAAGAAACGUCGAUUUUUGCUCCAGCCGAGCCAGCGCCUGCUCUAUCACCUGCAUUCCAGCGACUCACAAUGCACGUGUUCAAGCAGUCAGUUUUUCAGGUCGACCCAAAAUCAGGCCGCGUUUGCGUUACAGAUCCUCACACGGACCGGGUGAAAUACGGUGAGAUCAGGAGAUGUCUUGAGCCCAAUGCUAGACCAGCAACGUCAGCACACGAGAGUGGCCAUCUUAUGAGCAUGGAACCGCCACUUGCCUAUAAGCGCGGUUCUUGGGAGGAAGUACCGAUACCUGAGAGUUUGGCCCAGCCUAGAGUCGCUUCGAAGUCUCGAACGCGCUGUCUGAUCUACCCAUUCCCAACAUCAUUGAAGCGGACUGAUGCCCGCGACCUAGAUGUGCGCACAUCACAAUGGCCGAUUGAGGAAGAAUCGACCCACGAGCUUGCAGCAUCACCAGCCACACUUGCAACGAGCGAUCUUACCACAACCGUCGACAUUUGGCCCAUCUCGACUGCCACAAGCCCUGGCAUUGUCUCCACUACGCAGAAGAAGGGAUCGGCCAGGUCCAUGCAGAUCCUCGUGCUUUUACUCAUGCUCGUUGUUGGCGUUCAUUCGGCGGCACUGCUUGCAUUCCUCCUUGCAUUCUUCGGAGUCCUUUUGACCUCGCUCGAGCUCUACACCGCACUAUAUAAGCCUGUCUCCUCCACAUCCAGGAAGGAAUUAGAUUCCAAGCUCCACUAUCUCCUUCAUGCCCUGACAGUGCUACUCGUAUUCUUCUGCUGGCGCUUCUGGACCCAGGUCCAUGCCUGGGAACAGGUCAACGGUGUCGGCUUCGGCGAGGGUUUCGGCAGUGCACAUGAUGAUUUCGGACCUUAUGGUGAUGGCCACUUUCUUCUGAGCAGGUUACCCCUCAACUGGGUGAGCGCCGACAGUCAUCUGCCCGCCAAGGCUGUUGAGAUCAUUGUGAGCACUGCAAGUGCCCUCGAGGGGCUGGUCGGUCUCGAACCAACGCCGUCAUUCUGAGCAUGCACAACGACCGCGCUGCUAUUUGGUCGGAUCUACCAGACCCGGCAGGUGAGCCAACAAGAGGCGCGACCACGCAAAUGCCGUGCUGCGCUUCGACGGACAUGCUGAGAUGAUAACGAUGAACGACAAAGUCAGGCCCUUCAUGAGACCGGCACGCACGGCACUCGGCUCUUUUCCCGCUGGCUUUGGCCUCCCUGCAUUGUCUUGCUUUACCUUGCUGUACCACGACACCCGUAUACUUCCACAUUUCCUGCUUCCCAUCGGCGCUCACAUAGAACAGUUUUAGAUUGCACAUUUCCAGUUGAAGUCCAUCGAUCUUCUUGCGCGAUAAGACCUCCAUCAUAAAUUUAAUGACUCCGUAC